AUGACAUUUACCCUCAAUACAGGCGCUAAGAUACCAGCCAUAGGAUUAGGAACGUUUCAGGAUCCAGACGAGCAAGAAGAUGCCGUAGCGACAGCACUGAAGGUCGGGUACCGGCACAUAGACACAGCUCGAGUGUAUGAUACGGAAAAGCAGGUCGGCCGCGGGAUGCGAAAGAGUGGCGUACCUAGGGAGGACAUAUUCUUGACAACCAAGCUGUGGUCAAAUAGCCAUCAUCCUGACGAUGUUGAGCCAGCGCUCAAUGAUUCUCUUGCAGACAUGCAGACCGACUAUCUGGAUCUACUGUUGAUGCACUAUCCUUGCAGCUUCCAGAGGGGACCGAAUAGAUUUCCCAGAGAGGACGCAAGUGGAGAGAUGCUUAUGGCGGAAGGGCAUGACUACGUCGACUGCUGGAAGGCGAUGGAGGAACUUCUCAAGACCGGUAGGGUAAAGGCGAUCGGAAUGUCCAAUUUCAGUAAGGAAGAGAUGGAGACGAUUCUUGAGAAAGGGAGUGUAGUCCCAGCUGUUCAUCAAAUGGAACUCCAUCCCUAUCUCGCACAGCACAGCUUUACCGCCUGGCAUCGCGAGCACGGUAUUCAGCUCAUCCAGUUCAGCCCGUUCGGAAAUCAGAACACUUUCUACAAGCACGGUCAGUCCAUGCCCAAGGUACUUGAGGAUGCAGUGCUGCACGAGAUCGGCCGCAAGUAUUCGAAGUCUGCUGCACAAGUUGCUUUAGCUUGGGGCAUUUCGAAAGGCAGAUGCGUGAUUCCGAAAAGCACGAUUCCGUGGCAGAUUGAGCAGAACCUUGACAGCGAUUUCGAGCUGGCGGCGGAGGACAUGGCUCGGAUCGAUGCGAUGAACAAGAAGCUGCGGUUCAAUCUCAAGGGGCUCAAUUACGGAUGGAGAUUGUACAGCGACUUGGAGGGCGUCGGCCGAGCGCCGAGCGUGGAGCUGUCGCCAUUCUAG